AUGAGAACCUUUUUAUUCAAUUCUAUGGUAUCCGAGAAUACAAAUGGUUUUCUAACACAGCGCGAAAGAUUUCUUAAGAAUUCGGUGUUAAUUUAUGGAGCCGUCGUGGAGAAGCGUCGAAGCUGGCGUGAAAAAAAUAAAAUAAAAUCAUCUUCGUGUGCUUAUUAUUACCCAUCAAUGGCGAUUCAUCUGUUUGAUAAUCCCCAAAAUGUUCAAGAAAUGCUUUGGUCGUUGUCGGACUCAAAGCUGAAUCGACUCAAGUCGAUCGAGAGAGUCGUGGCGCGGCAUUUACUAAACGGAGAUGCUGAAAAUACCCCGGAUUUAUAG